UUAAGACUAGAUAAACAAUUAUUGGAAGCACCCUUAUACAGAAGACGAAUGGUUAGAAUAACUUAAAAACUAAAUGCAUGCAACCACAAUUAUGUGGACAAAUAAGCAGUAACAAGGAUGCAGAACAACGCUAAACAUCAGCAAGAUAAACUACUAGGAGUACAAUCAAAGGGUUGUCGAAUAUAAGGAACUGCGUGCUGUUUAUUCUUGUUAUUCUCUAACAUAUUCCCAUUUGAGCGUUUAGUAUACUGAAGAUACAACAAGACAUGAUCAAAUCGUUUGCAGACCAUCUUUUUGCUUAUCUACGUUAUCGUUGAGUCAGUACUGCUCUUGGUUUUAGGACAUUGCGUUUAAGAAUGUUAUAUUUGGUGCCCCCUAGCGGUUAUCAGGUGAACUUCCUUGUCCUAUUAACCCGGAAGUGUAAACAAUAUCUCUCCGCCUCACGUGUGGAAGCCCUGCUGUGGCUACCAUGGGGAAGUCCAAGCAAAUAGGAAACCAUAAGAGCGAUAAAAAGAAGAACAUCUCAAAGACAUGGAAGACAAAGCGUAGAACCAAAGACUUGGACCAGAUCCACUCAGACAUGAAGCCAGAGACAGCUGCCAAAUUGAUGCAUCAGGAGGUGGACUACGACGUAACAGGAUGUGCACAACACUACUGCAUACAUUGCGCGAGAUAUUUUGUGGACAUGAGAUCCUUGAAAGAGCACUUCAAAACUAAAGUGCAUAAGAAACGGUUGAAGCAGCUCAGGGAGGAGCCCUACACCCAAGCAGAGGCAGAGAGAGCAGCCGGUAUGGGCUCCUACAUCCCACCUAAAACCAUUGAGGUCAAAACGCAGCCUGUGGAGGAGGACAUGGACUGAAAUCCUUACACUGUAAUCCGUACAGCCAUCUACUCAACCGCAGAAGCGUUCACAAUGUAAAUCACGCUUUUGUUAUUAAUUAUUACAAUUCCAGAUGCAUUGUAGCAUGCUUCUUUGUGAAGAGUUACAUCUGUUCUUAAAACAGCUGUGAUUAAAUUUUUUUUAUCCUGGAUCAGGAAGGGGCUUUAGAUGAGUAAUGCCACACAUCACUCAUGUAAAUACACAGUAGCAGAUCCUUGUGAUAUGGUAUUUAGAUAAAAUGUGCAUAAUUGUAUCAGACAAAAACAAGAGAAAUAUGGUAUUAUAUAAAUAUGAGAUGUCUGCUUCCUAUUGGUCUUGUGUGUUUUCUAUGUUUGCUGUUGUUAACUG